AAACAUAUGUAUAAAUUGACAUUUCAUUCGGUGUUUUUCAUUUAGUUUGUUGUUGAGUCUCCGAGUGAAACAAUCGAAAAUAAUUUCCAGUUAAAAAAAUGCCGUUGCCGCCCGCAUUGUUAAAACGUUUGGCAAAACGUGGAAUCGUUGAUAAAAAGCGUUUACCAGGUGAAUCGAAAUCCGUACAACCAGCCGAAGAAAUUAUCGCCGAAGACUAUGAUGAUGUUAAUGAAACGCAACCAUUUGACUACGACUACGAUUUUAAGUCACAAUCAAAGAAAUCGCAACAAAACUUUUGGAGUGAACGCUUGAAAAAACGAAUCGUUGAUGGAAGCAUUAAUGGUUACAAAGGAUGCCCAAAUAAGUACAACAUUUAUCAUAAGUGCUCGCUAUUUUGUGUGAACACAUUUGGUGAUGGUAUCAAAGAGCCAUCAAAGGGAUAUACAAAACGAAAAGUCCGAUUGAAUCGAAGAUAUCCGCUACCCAAAGAUUGGAAAGAAAUCUAUGAUGAAGGAGUAGGCACUCAUUACUACUGGAAUACAAUUGAUGAUAUCGUAUCAUGGUUACCUCCAGCUCAUCCGAAAGCAGAAUUAACAAAAAGUGCCGCAGUACUACGUAGAGAAUUGGAGGCUUCACAGCCCGAACAAGAUGAUUAUGUUGAUACCAAUGCACAGCAAACAAUGGAAGGAGCUGAACCGGGAUAUGCAAGUGAUGGCGAUCAUUUAAAUGUGGUGCGUGAACGUGAACGUGAACGUGAACAACCAUCGAAACCGGCACCAUUGAAAAAAACGAAAACACGAGAUUUAGAAAAAGUUCUUCGCUCUAAAUAUGAACGACGCAUGAAGAAAGAUGCAUCAGAAACAAGCUUAGAUCCAAUGGACCCGGCAGCCUAUUCAGAUAUCCCAAGAGGAAAAUGGUCAGCAGGAUUAACUGAAGAAAAUUCAAAAACUGGUGCAGAUUCUACAGUUAGUGGUACUAUAUUUCAACAACGUCCGUAUCCAAAUCCGGGUGCAGUUUUAAGAGCGAAUGCAAAUGCACAAAAAAGCAAAGGAAACAGCGACAGCAAUGACAGUGAUCAGCAAGACAAUUGAGUGUUUCCAAUUUAAAGUCCAUGUCUAAUCAUUUAAAUUGAAAAUAAAUAGCAAAACAUUAUGAAAUAAAAGCGGCAAGCCACACAUUUUCGAUA